UUUUAUUGCGAUUGACGAAAGAAAUAAUGAAGUUGUAUCUGAAGCUCAGACAAUUUCACAGAAGAGACAAGUUCCUCAUCAAUAUAGUAUUCUUCAAUCUUCGGUGUCUCAUCAAUGUAGUAUUGGGCUUCAAUCUUCGGUGUCAAAGUCAAUGCAAAGUAUUUCGCCACUUUCAUAUUUUAAAAGAUCAAGCAGAUCAAAUGAACUUUCGUCAAGGCUGUCAUGUAUGGAAGAGGAAACAGGGAUAAUUUCAAUGAGUGCGUUCGACAAUCGAAAAAUUGUAAUCGAACAUAGAGAACCACAUACUGAAAAUCUAUAUGAAUUUUUAAGUCUACAAUCAUUUGAUGAAAUCAAAAGAGAAGGUGAUAUUGAAGAAUUUGAAGAAAUAUUAACUACUUGUAUUGCUAUAGCUUAUCUUGAAGUUGUUUUAUUUGAAAAAUUUAAGGAUGAAUGUGAAAUGUGUCAUGAAAAGGCUUGUAAAUGCUUUAAAGAAAAUGGUUGGAGAUGA